CACCAAGUUUUUACAUGUUUUUCCUGGAAAACCGAGUUUGAUCUGAGCUGUGUCCAAAACCCCCUUCUUUCGGUUUUCUCAUCAUGGCCUCCAUGACACUUAGACUGCCCACGGCCCAGCUGUGCAAGGCCGCGAGGUCUUCGAGCUUCCGGCCGUCGCUCAGAUGCGCUCAGCAGCAGAUGAGGUGGCUCGCCACGCCGACAACUCACCCCGUCACCCAGAAGAAUGUCGGCACAGCAAUGGUCUUCCUCAACAUGGGCGGCCCAUCUACCUUGGAUGAAGUUGGAGACUUUUUGAGCAGACUCUUUGCUGAUGCCGAUCUCAUUCCCCUGGGUCGGCUACAAAACUACUUGGGGCCUUUGAUCUCGAAGCGCCGAACUCCCAAGAUUCAGAAGCAGUAUGGUGCGAUUGGCGGCGGUUCCCCAAUUCGCAAGUGGUCCGAGUACCAGUGCGAGGAAAUGUGUAAGAUUCUGGACCAAAUCUCGCCCGAGACGGCGCCUCACAAGCCCUAUGUCGCUUUCCGCUAUGCCAACCCUCUCACCGAGGAGAUGUACAAGAAGCUUCUGGCCGAUGGCUUCGGAAAUGGCAGGGGCGGCCGGGCCGUCGCUUUCACUCAGUAUCCCCAGUACUCCUGCUCGACCACGGGCAGCAGUUUGAACGAGCUAUGGAAGUGGAGGCAAAGACUCGAGGGCAAGGCUGGGCCAUCAGAGGAUGGUAAGGACGGUACCAUUCGGUGGAGUGUGAUUGACAGGUGGCCUACUCACCCCGGCCUUGUCGAGGCCUUUGCGAGGAAUAUCGAGGAGAAGCUGGCCGAGUACCCCGAGGAGCGCAGGAAAGAUGUUGUGUUGCUGUUCUCGGCUCACAGCUUGCCCAUGUCUGUUGUCAACAGAGGUGACCCUUAUCCCCAGGAGAUUGGCGCAACCGUCCAGGCGGUUAUGCAGCGUCUCAACUUCUCCAACCCUUACAGGCUAUGCUACCAGUCACAAGUCGGGCCCCAGCCGUGGCUCGGUCCCCAGACGCAAACCUCUGUGGAGGAGUACAUCCACAAGGGCCAGAAGGACCUCGUGUUGAUCCCAAUCGCCUUUACGUCUGAUCACAUUGAAACCCUUUACGAGCUUGACCAGGAGGUCAUUGGCGAGUCUGGACAUCCCGACACGGUCAAGCGCGUGGAGAGUCUGAACGGUAACCCCGUCUUCAUCAAGGCCCUGGCCGAUCUCGCCAAGGAGCAUCUUGAUAGCGGACUUGCUUGCUCGCACCAGAACAGCCUGAGAUGCCCCGGCUGCAAGAGCGAGAGGUGUGCGGCGUCCAAGAAGUUCUUUGCUGGCCAAGAGAUCCUCCCUGGUCACUGAAACAAAUGAUUGGGGGAGCCU